ACCCAACUUCGAUGCUAAAUUAACCUGAUUUGCCGUUGUCCAGGGUUUUUCCGCCUGGCCUCGAUUGAAACGAGAACCGAUGACGGAUAUACAGGCUAUGGGUUCGAUUGCCAUUGAUGACCUGUUAUCGAUUUUAAUGUUUUGGCGCGAUUCUGCCGCUGCCAUAUAAACCGAGCGACGUGGGCGGCCACACCUACUCUGUCUGCUAGUAGCGGAGGAGAAGAAGGAGGAGAGGGUCAGGAGAUGCAUCAUGCUGCCGUGCUCUAACUUUAAUUUUACACGCAGAAAAUUUCACGACAGCAGAUAAUUCUAGUUUUACACACCCCACGGUGGACUUACGUGGAUAUUUUUGGACGUUUCCGCUAUUCUUCAUCGUUUUGAAUUCCCCGUCUCUAAGGACAGUUGAAGAUUCUUCCAACAAACAUGUUGCAAAGCUUCACUCAGUCGCAGGACUGGCUUUACUCUGAGCCGCUGCUGUUUGAUGAUGAGUUCUGCCAGAGUUUGAUGAAGGACCUCCAGUCACUGCCAACACCCCCACAGUCUCCCCCCAUGAAGGCCGGAGUGGUUGGCAGUAAACCCCUGUCAAAGGAAGACCAGCUGAGCUACGUGUCGGAUAUCCUGCUGGAGGAUCAUGACAUGCAGCUCUGGAACUACGACUUCUUCCAUUCUGAUGCUGCUGAGAAAGAUGGCGAGCCCAGCCAGCCCUGCUCCCCCCUGGAGGAGAGCAACGAGGACUGCCUGUGGCAGUGCCUGACGGCGGACAAGAGCCUGGAGGAGAAGCUGGUGUCCUCGGUGCUCGGCUCCAGCCCGCUGCUGUCUGAGAUCAACACCAGCAUCUUUGAGGACAUUGCCAGCUCCACCCUGGACUGCCAGAACCUGAUGGACACUCAGGAGCCCAGUGACACAUCCGACUACGGAUCAACUGGUGGCGAGCUGUCCACCUAUUCUUCCAGUGACUCUGAGGAGGAGAUUGAUGUGGUGACUGUGGUGCGCUGUUCCUCCAGCCCCUCCCCCCUGCCCUCGUUAGCUGACCUGUCUGUCCGGCAGCAGAAGCAGGAAGAGGAGGAGCAGCAGCGAGCUCUCCAGCGCCACCACUUUGAGAUCCAGCUGCAACACAACUAUGCUGCGCCCUGUCCCGCUUCACCGCCCCCUUCAUCCUCUUCCAACAAACGCCCGAGAGGUGGCGACGGCUCAUCGCGCUUCCAUCACUCAUCUCGCAGCUCAUCAUCUUCAUCGUCAUCCUCAUCGCGGCACCAUCACCACUCGUCCCGGAACUCCACAGAGACGGAGGAUGAGGAGGAGCGGCGGCGGACGCACAACGUGAUGGAACGCCAGCGGCGCAACGAGCUGAAAAACUGCUUCAUGCGCCUGCGCGACAACGUGCCAGAGCUGUCGCACAAUGACAAGGCGUCCAAGGUGGUGAUCCUGAAGAAGGCCCGAGACUGCAUCUACGGCCUGGAGGACGAGAGCCACAGACUGCAGUCCAAGAAGGACAAACUUAGAGCCAAACAGGAAGAGCUGAAAGCCAGGCUGGAACAGCUUCGCAGCUAAUGGACCGGCGGCAAAACAUGGGCUGCAUUUUUAGGUGUUUAGAGACAAUGGGGGGAGGGGGAUAAAGGAUGACGUGUCAUGCUGAAAGCAGCGCACAAAGUUUGACAUUUCAAGGACUUUAUGGUAACAAUAUCCAGUAUCUCUGGAUUGUAUAGACUUUAAUUUCAACUAUUGCCAUAGACAAAUAGAACACACUCAUUGCCUCAGAAUUGAUCAUUCUCAUGCCUUGACUGCUGACUGUUGUAGAGAGUAGGAUGUUUUUAAAGGGCGAAACAAGCAGCUGUUUUGGUUUUUUUUUUUUCCAGUUUGGCUGGG